AUGCUUGAGUCCAUUGCGGACUUGAAACGUGUUAAGCAACUGGCCAAGGAUAUUGAAUUGGAAAGGGAUGAGCUUGCUCUACAGUUGCAGACGAAAGCGGAGCAAAACGAUGCAGUUUUGACGGAUUUUGACUCGGUAAGUGAGAAGCUGGUGACAGCGGCUCAGCAGAUCAGCAGUGUACGAACGGUUGGUGAAAUCGCAGAAUUGAGGCUACGAUAUGGGCCCCUCAAGAUCUUGGACCAAUUAGAGGCGUUAUUUGUGCAGCAGGCUUCAAAAACAGCGGAGAAAAGCGCGCUAGAUGAGGUCCAGAGCGUGCAUGAGGCGAUGGAUGCAGUGGAUACCGCGCAGAAUGCACUCUAUUUGGAGCAAUGGCGUGCGAAACUGAAGCUUGCGGCACGGCAGGCUCCAGACCAUGAUUUGAGCGCUGUUUUCCAGCGUUUUAACGAUCUCGUGAGACAAGAGGCUCAACCACUCAUGGACCGGCUGGAAUCCGAGCUGCUGGCGUCUAGCUGGGAUUCUGAGGACAUGGCGGUGCCGGAAACUGAGUUCAGGGAGCUCUCUACCAAGAUUUACAGUUUGAACGCUCUCUUGCUGCCGCACCGCAACGACCACGAGAUUUGGAAUUUCCAGUGUAUCGCGCAUAAUUUCAAGAUCAAAUUCGUUUACCACUUUGUGAACGAGUCGGUGCAGAAACCGAGCUCCGUAGAGGUUUAUUUCAGGUUUUUGGAGAAAUACCUUGACGAAAACCUAUUCAAGUGCAUCAACAUUUUUAGCGACCCGACAGCCGCAGACCUGACCGAGAACUUCGUCCACCAGCAGUUCAUCAACCACAUAUUGAUGCCUAUUCGGGAGAAGGUAAACACCACGUUAACAAAAAUCGCAACCGGCGGAAGCAACGAGAGUCUGAAGACGCUAAUGAUAUUGAUAUCCCAGAUAUUCAUUAUUGACGAUGCACUUUUGAAGAAGCACUUUUACGAUGGGGUGGGACUGGUGGCAAUUAUUCCCGGAGAGGUAUUGGAUACUUGGCUUUCUUUCGAAAUUGAGUCAUCAGCCAAUCAAUUUCGUAAGAUUGCUCAGUUAAGUUUGGACAAGAGCGGCCACGAUUUAAGCAAACUGCUCGAGAACCUUUACGCCUAUUUUGAGCCCUUUUUUGGCCUUGAGUACAACAAACUAAUGGACUACAAGCUUAAAACAACUACAGCCAUCUUUAUGGAUCUCCCGCACAAGUACCGAGACUUUCUCUUCAAAUCCAGGGAAGAUGGAUCUGCCUCGUACACAGAUGAAGCCCAAUUUGAGCAGACGCUUUGGAAACUCCAGAAUUUACUGCUCGUACGCAAAACUAUCGAUGAUUUUGGGGAUCGACUGAGUUUCAUUUUGCUUACAAAUUAUUUAAAUGCGGCAACAUCUUCUGCGUAUCCGUCAGUAUUCAGCGAUGUGUUACGCCUCUAUGAUGAAGCUGUCCUCGCUGUAAGAGACUCAAUAAUCCACAGACUGAAAAAGAUGAUGAACGUUUCCCUGCGAAAUUAUUUCAAGGUAAAUGAGUGGGCCAAUAUAAACUCAGAGCCCCAACAAUGUAGUGCAGAGCUCGUUACUUCUCUCAACUUAUUGGUGAGAUUGAUUUCCACCAUAGACAAAUUCGAUUUGACCCGCGAUAUUUCGCUUGCCAUAAAAAGCGAGCUUUUGAAUAUACUAGUGCACUAUAUGAUGGACUAUGUGGUAAAUCUCAACAAGUUCAGCGAAUUAGGGCUCAGGCAGCUCGAGCUGGAUUUUAUAGCUCUUAAGGACAGUCUUAAUUUUUCGUGCAGCGCUGUACCCCAGAACGCAGAAGAAGGUGUAUUCAGAGAAACCUUGGAGGUCCUUAAACUCAAAUACAAGCAUCAUGACUUCUUUGACGAAUUUAUUUCCAAAAAAUACGUUGAUCGGAGGGAGUUUUCAGGUAUUCGUGACAAGCUGAAAAUUACGUACUCGACCGACAGCGAAUUAGCAAAUGCAUUGUAUAGACUUCUAUAG